AAUCAUCAGGAAUAACAAUUCUAUUGGGAAUGAAAUUUGAUGACCCAGAAGUAACAUUACUUGCAGAACAAGUACAACAAAUGACGGUUACAGCAGAACAUGAAGCGCCACAAAAUAAACAAGAAAAGAAACUGAAUCAACUCUAUUUGGAAGCCGCACAAAGAGAAAUAAAUCAAUUUAGAGAACAAGUAAUAGAAAAAUACAGAACUAAAAAAGAUAAGAAAGAAAAAGCUAAAAGCUUAAAAAUUACCUUUAAUCAACAAGAAGAAAGCAAAGUCAAAACACCAAAAAUAGAAAAAUUCAUUAAGACACAAUUGUCACAAUUAGAUCGAAUCUUACAAUUAGAAAAGGAACAAGAAGAUCCAAGAAUUAGAACAGGAUUAAAACAACUAAAACAACGAUUAGAUAGUAUGGAAACAAAUUAUAAAUAUGUUUCCCAAUUAAUGAGAAAACAAACUGAUGAACAUAUUCAAGAAAUUGAAAGAGUCAUAAAUAGAAAAAUAUUAGAAGCAGAAACAGCUGAAGACAAAAAGCUUAUCUAUAUAAAACAAUAUUCACAUUAA